AUGCCGAUCGCCUCGCCGCCAGCCAUGGUACCUAAUCAUGAAAGUCCUACACCAAGAAUUGAGACGCAGCUUCCUCCACCAACUAUGGAUGUCGGGCUUGAUCGGAAGGUUUAUGCGCAUUUUCCAAGGACGGAGCAGCUUGCGUUGAGGCCCAAAGCUGUUCUUUUGUGGCUUCGCGAUAUGGACGUCACCAUUGAAUCUGCCCAAAGGGAGGGGCUUAUUCCGGAUAUAUCAAUGAGCCCAGAGGUCAUGGCUGAGAUGAUCGCAAAAACGUAUGCUGAACACAAGCAAGACACCGACGAGGAUAUGGUAAGUCUAGAUCUGCGGUCGAGAUGCGAGAUAUACGCUAGUUGGUUCAUGCCCAGCCAUCGCAAAGACAAUCCUUAA